CCGCUGAAGCGAACCGAAGCGCCCAUACGUCAUCGCCGGUUCGCCACUCUUGUUUCUUCGCUUCCCCAUCGUCAUACCUCAUACGAUGAGUUCCUUGUUUCAGAUAAACACUGAAUUCGUUCCUGCCAAAGCAAUCAAUCGCAGCAUCGUUCCCCAUCCUCCUCCGUCGGGCGCCCCCGCUGCCGCUUUCCUCCGAGGAUCUUCCAUCCGCGGUUCGCUCCUUCCCUUACUGUAAUAAAACGUGCAAAGCCGAUUGAAAGAUUCGCUCGGAACUUUAUGCCAGAUAGUAGCCGUGGGUAUUAAUUCGUUUCCGUGCGGAUUAAGCUCUGGGUGUUUUGACCACAGUGAGCAAGCGAGCUCAACUGAUUUUUCUCGAGGCUUCUAGAGUUACGCGCUAUUUAAUCGAAUAGAUCCAAGAUAAUUUUUUGUACGGCGAGUCUGUUUAAUAGUGUGGAUGUGCUCGCCCCUUUUUUGAAUUCUUCAUUGUCGAAUCAUCACGCUUCGUUAGCCUUCAUCAGAUGUGGAGGAAAGAGCCUUUGUGCAUACUGCGUGCGAGGAGAGGAGCGGAGGAGGGCGGUGAGGGGCGGGGGAGGGGAGGACGCGGCGGCGCAGCUGGGGCGGCGGCAGCACACAAACCAGGCGUCGAGCAGCUCCUCCACAGCCCGGAUAGAACACACCUGUCCCCGCAACUGCUAAAAGCGGCCACAGCCGGACCAAACACACAAAGGCAAAACCAGCGUCGCUGUUGACCGCUCAUAGAGCCAGAAAUCCAUUGGCCUUACGACUUGUAGGUUACUAGUAACGAGCAACUUAAUUUCAAUGUGUUUUGGUUUAGGUUUAAAUAAAGGUCUGGGUGUUGACAAGCUUUGAAAAGGAUGGGUUUUAUCUUUUUCGUCAGAUGGUCACUUUGCUUCCUGUGUUGCAUUUAAGUAAGACCCUGCUCUUCCUCUUGUCAUUGUAGAUUUAUGACCGUAUUUUUCAUCCUGUAGAAGUUGACGUUAUUGUCGUUGCCCAUCACCCAUCUUACACGACCUGGUGGCUCUGACUCCACAGCAACAAGCCAUCAGUGAGCAGAACCUAUGCCUGUUGUGUUGAACCAACGCCGGCUGUGGCAAUCAUAGCCGGCCAUUCUGUACCGCCUGAUAACAGAUAACGCUGCCGGCUUUGGUGGUAUUUUGUACUUUUAGGUUUGAAUGGUGAAGACUUAAUAUAUGCAGCACUUACAUAGUUAAUAUUGGUUAUGUUUUGGGUCUGUAUGCAUGAACUUGCUGCAGGAUGCAUACUGUUUGCAGCUUGAAGUUGAGACGGGCAAAUACUUGACCAAAAAGUUUGUUACAGACUUGGUUCUGAAACUACCGAUCAAGCAAACAACGUUGAUAACAUGGGAACAUACACUACGGAUGAUGCACUAGCAGCCAUGGGGUUUGGGAAAUUCCAGGCACUUGUUCUUGCUUAUGCAGGCAUGGGUUGGGUUGCAGAAGCCAUGGAGCUCAAUCUACUGUCAUUUGUUGGACCAUUGGUGCGGGAUGAGUGGGAAAUCUCUGCCCAAGAUGAGAGUCUACUCUCAAGUGUAGUGUUUGCUGGCAUGCUAACAGGGUCAUGCACUUGGGGUUUUGUUUCCGACAAAUAUGGGCGGAGGACUGCUUUGCUAUUUUCAGCUCUGUUUACUAGCGGCAUGGGUUUCUUAAGUGCUUUGUCUCCUGACUAUUUAUGCUUGCUCGCUCUUCGAUUUCUUGUUGGAGUAGGAGUCGGUGGUGGGCAUGUGUUUUCGUCUUGGUUUUUGGAGUUUGUUCCUGCACAAAACCGUGGCACUUGGAUGGUUCUUUUUUCCCUUUUUUGGACUGUUGGCACCAUCCUGGAGGCUUCACUGGCAUGGGUUGUCAUAUUGACACUGAGUUGGCGGUGGUUGCUAGCAUUGACCGCCCUUCCAUGCUUUCUCUUGCUUCCUUUCUUUGGAACCACACCAGAAUCACCACGCUUUCUUUGUGCACAAAAUAGAAUGUCUGAUGCAACACUUGUCCUUGAGAGAAUCUCAAUGACAAAUCAAUCAGCUCUUCCUUCUGGAGUUCUGACAUACCACCCACAAAGCAAAGUUGUUCAUAGCACUUUCGUGUCUGAGACCGAGACAGAUCAUUUUCUUCCAGUCACAGAGACAGAACGCAAAGAUGACGAUGCCUCGAGCUUCAAAUCUGGUGUUGUUGCUGCAUUGCGAAAGCUAUUGGCACCAGAGUUGCUCAGAUCAACUCUUCUUCUUUGGUUUGUUUACUAUGCAAAUUCCUUUGCUUAUUACGGGCUAGUCUUGCUGACAACGCAACUAAGCGAUGCGAAUAGACGCUGCCCUUCUAGGCUACAAAAUGCACAGCGUCAAGAAGAUGCUAACGUUUACAAAGAUACAUUUUUUACUAGUUUAGCAGAGAUUCCUGGUCUAAUUUUAUCCGCUGUUCUUGUUGAAUGGCUUGGCCGAAAAGCUACAAUGUGGUGCAUGCUGUUCACAUGCUGUGCUUUCCUUGAACCACUUGUGCUUCAUCAGAACGAGCUAUUGACAACUGCCCUUCUAUUCGGUGCCCGUGCCUGUGCCAUGGGUAGCUCCACAGUCAUAUGUUUAUAUGCCCCAGAGGUAUAUCCAACAUCAGUACGCUCGACUGGUGUUGGAAUCGCGACAUCCAUUGGUAAAAUCGGUGGGGUUAUAUGCCCUCUUGUCGCCGUUGGUAUGCUACGGAGCUGCCAUCAAAUGGAAGCUGUCCUUGUGUUUGAGGUGGUGUUAUUCCUUGCUGGAGUUGCCUGCCUUCUCUUCCCAGUAGAAACUAAGGGACGCCAAAUUGACUGAUGGCCAUACAUUCAGAUGAGCUAGCAUGCAGUUCAUACAUCAGUGUAUAUCUGUAGCAUUGUAUUGACAUGAAGACGGAAAAUUCUGCAAAAUAUGUAUGUCAUGGGGUGUAAAAAAAAGUUGUGCAUUCAUUUGUAAAGCUUUCCCUUUUGCAAAGCUUGCUGUGAAGAUACUA